GGGCGGCGGGGAGAGCCGCGGGCUGGAGGAGAGAGCGGAGCCGCAGGGGACGCGGCCGUGGGACGCGGCGUCCGGCAGCGGCGGGAGCGGCCGGGAAGGGACGCCGUGCCCUUGCGGGGUGCCGAGAGGGUUUGAGGGCGAAAAGGAACUUCUGGCCCCCCUCCGCCCCGAGGCGCUGCCCUGAGCGGGGCUCGAAGGGAGGAGAUGCGAUUCGGGCACCACACCUGCGAGGCACGGCCGCGUGACGCACGGCCGCGAGGCGGGAGCGGUCCCUCGCCACAGCGGGCAGCGCGGGCCGAGGCCAACCAACGGCCGCCGCGCCCGGCAGGUGUCCGCCCCGCCCGGAGCCGGAACGGGCCGCCAACGCCUGCUGCCGUCCGCGCUGUUCCGAGGCCGAGGGGACGCGCUGGGGAAAAGUUUGGAGAGCGAACUAUGAAGCCGUACACUCCAGUUUUCAUCCUCCUGUGGAGCGCUGUUGGGAUAGCAAGGGCUGCCAAAAUUGUUGUUGUGCCGCCAAUUAUGUUUGAAAGCCAUCUUUAUAUUUUCAAGACUCUGGCCUCAGCCUUGCAUGACCAAGGUCACCAGACAGUGUUUCUCCUCUCUGAGGGCAGAGAGAUUCCUCCGUCUAAUCACUAUAGACUUCAGCGCUACCCAGGGAUCUUUAACAGCAGUACAUCAGAUGACUUUCUCCAGUCCAAGAUGAGGAGUAUCUUCUCUGGUAGACUGACAGCCCUGGAACUGUUUGACAUCCUGGACCACUAUUCAAAGAACUGUGACAUGAUUGUUGGCAACCAAAACCUCAUGCGUGCCCUGAAACAGGAAAAGUUUGACCUGCUCCUGGUAGAUCCCAAUGAGAUGUGUGGAUUUGUUAUAGCUCACCUUUUAGGGGUUAAGUAUGCCGUCUUUUCCACUGGCCUCUGGUAUCCAGCAGAAGUGGGUGCUCCAGCUCCACUCUCUUACGUUCCAGAAUUUAACUCACUACUUACAGAUCACAUGAACCUAUUUGAGAGGAUGAAAAAUACUUUUGUUUAUCUUAUUUCAAGAUUUGGAGUCAGCUUUUUGGUUCUGCCAAAAUAUGAAAGGAUAAUGCAGAAGUACAAGGUUCUGCCUGAACGAUCUAUGUAUGACUUGGUUCACGGAUCCAGCCUGUGGAUGCUUUGUACUGAUAUAGCACUGGAGUUUCCAAGACCGACGCUACCGAAUGUCGUUUAUGUGGGAGGAAUCCUAACUAAACCGGCCAACCCUCUGCCAGAAGAUCUCCAAACAUGGGUGAAUGGUGCUAAUGAAAAUGGCUUUGUCCUUGUGUCGUUUGGAGCUGGAGUGAAAUAUCUGUCAGAAGAUGUUGCAAACAAGUUAGCACAUGCUCUGGCAAGACUGCCGCAGCGAGUUAUUUGGAGGUUUUCAGGAAACAAACCAAGGAAUCUAGGCAACAAUACAAAGCUUAUAGAAUGGUUACCACAAAAUGACCUUCUUGGUCACCCUAACAUUAAAGCUUUUCUUAGUCAUGGCGGUUUGAACAGCAUUUUUGAAACCAUGUAUCAUGGGGUUCCAGUGGUGGGAAUUCCCCUUUUCGGAGACCAUUACGAUACUAUGACCCGAGUGCAGGCCAAAGGCAUGGGAAUAUUGUUGAACUGGAAGACCGUCACUGAGAAUGAAUUAUAUGAAGCACUAGAAAAAGUUAUUAAUGAUCCCAGCUACAGGCAGCGGGCUCAGAGGCUGUCUGAAAUUCACAAAGACCAACCUGGUCAUCCUGUUAACCGGACUGUGUACUGGAUUAACUACAUCCUCCGUCACAAUGGAGCGCAACAUCUACGUGCCGCUGUUUACAGCAUCUCUCUAUAUCAGUAUUUCUUACUGGAUAUUGCCUUUGUUGUAUUAGUGGGUGCUGCCUUAUUUUAUUAUAUUUUGGCCAAGCUAACAAAAUUUAUCCGCAAACAAAGCAAACAUAUUUGGUCAAAUGAUGAACAUAGCACUGUUAAUGGACAUUACCAAAAUGGGAUACCAAAUGGCAAGCAUAGAAGAAAUGGCCACAUUAAGCAUGAAUAAAAGGUGAAAUGAGCCAACCCCUCAUGUAAAGUAAUUGAGUUUUAUCGCUGUAACUUAGUCUAACAAGUACUUAAAACAUCAAUAAGCAGUUCUAACACUCCCCUUCAGUAUGUAAUAAUAUGUGACAAAAUUCUAUGGAACUAAGGAACGUAUUUAAAAAAAAAAAAAGAAAAAAAAAAAAGCACAACCUAAAAUGGAAAUAUUUUAUUCUUAAUACUGAUGCAGAAAGGCUAUUUUGGCACUGAAGUUUUUAGAAGCCUUAAUCCUCUAAAGUUAUAUUAUGAUCAUAUUUAUGAAUUUUCAGUUUUUUAAAAGCUAAAUGUGUGUGUCCCAAAUGAGGAAAGGUCUCUUUUUAUUUGCAGAGGUUUUUUUCCCUUUUAUUUUUUUUAUUAUUAUAUCCAUCUUUAGAUGAGAGAACUUAGUGCUAGCUCUGUGUUUCAUAUGUUGAAGGCUCAAUAUGUAUAAGAAUGCUGUUUAAAAAAAAAAAUUCCCGAUGCUUGUGCAAGAAGUAGGAAGUUGCAAACUGAGAACACAGACAUUAAAAAAAAAAAAAAAUCUUAAAAUAAGCACUGAAGAAAAAUGGCAAAAAUGUAUACUGUGUUUUCUGGUAAGCUGCAUGACUCUUCUGCUCACUACCAGUGCUUUAGAGAAAAGAGUACUGAGCAAGUCUACAAUAAGUCUUAAUUCUUAAUUUAUACAAAAUUGUAUUUGUUGCCUUUCUCUACAUAUGUAAUUUAUGCCAUGAAAAUGUUAGGGAAUUCUAUUUCAGUUUAAAUAUGGCUGUGUGGGAAGUAGAUUUGCAUAAUUAAAAUAAAUGAAACAAAGCAAAAAAAAUAUCCACCCCUGUGCUUAAUGCAGAAGGUUUUGUAGUGGCCCGAAGCAGUGCAGAAUCGAACUGCUAUUUGGGAUUUAGGAAACAAACAAGAAAAUGCUAAAAGUUGAAUGUCUUUCCUAUUAAUUCUCAUUAUUUUUCUGUGUUUUUGGUCUUUUUUUUGUUUUUCUAAUUCACAAUGUUGUAGACGUUCUCUUUCAAUGGUUGUAUCUGAGAAACUAUUACCUUCUCUUAGUCUGGGCCGCGCAAUCCGUAUUUCCCAUAGUUGCCAAUGUCCCUUCUGAGACCAGGGGGCAGGAGGCUGCCUGCUGGGAGGCACCAACCUCCGGCUUAAGGCUCAGCGGGAGGCACGACACGGAGCGCAGCCGGGCCGGUGCAAAAUGUGGGGCAGCUGUGCCUCCUGUCCCCAGCUCCGGACCCUCCCCGCAACAAUCUCUUUCAAUCACUGCAGCUGACAUGGGAACCCUGUGGUGGUGCAGUACAAACCCAGGGCAGGGAGGCAGGGCACCUAGCGGCAAAAUCAGCGUGGCCCUGCCAAACCAGAGUUGGCAACUAUGCAUUUAUUUCCAUGUCAUUCUGUUUACUUGGAAUUUGCACUACACACGUUGUGAGUGUAUGCUUUAUUUAUUUGUAGUUUGAAAUCCCAUGCCUGGAAGAGGAAGGAAGGAAAUCCAUUUUACUUAGUGUUGUUCACUAACAUGGGAAGAGUUGUGACGAUAACAAAGUGCUGAGAUCAUCCUCAUACACAGUGAUGCAAUAUUUCAUUACCAUUCCAUCAGGAGCCUCUAUCCUAUAGCAAUAAAUAACAGUACAGAUAUCUUUCUAAUACGUGGUACAGUUACUUGUACUGCAUUCUGAAUACUUGAAGAAAAUGGUGUUAUAAAUAAGCCUAUUAUCUAGACCUUUUUACAAUCUUACAGUUUGUGUCAACUAGAGGAACACAAGGAGGCGAUGAAUGGUGGGAUGGUAGUAAGACUUCGAGUGUAUGAAUGACUUGGUUUAAAUGUUUUUUUUUUGCAUUGAAGAAGGUACAAAAGCACUGACCGGACGAUUAAGCAUAAUUUAAUCUCCACUGUGAUAAAACUUAAGCAAUAAACAUGAAUUUAAUAGAGAAAA